GCCCUGCAUGUGGCAGGGUGCUGGAGCUUCAUGAUCCUUGAGGUCCCUUCCAACCCAGGCCAUUCUGUGAUUCACAGGGAUGGUGAUUGUGUGGCCACAGGGCUGUGCUGUCACCAAGGGCCGUUACUAUAAAGUUUUCUGAUAGCUGCUGCUUUCUGACAUGUGUUGCUGUGCAUGGAACCGUGGUCUUCCCAUGGGAUUUUCUGCCGUUUUGCAGUUGGGCCAAAGCUUUUGCAGUACGUUGUGAAAGUCAUUGCACAGACCGUGCAGCUACUGUACACGAUGCUGAGGAUGGAUCCGCCCUCCUAUGUUCUCCUCCAGAAUCCUCCUGGUUUGCCCAGUAUAGCUGUUGCCUGGGUUGCCUGUCUUUUCUGGAGAAGCAAGCUGAUAAUCGAUUGGCACAAUUAUGGAUACACUAUCAUGAGUCUGAAUCAUGGAAGGAAUCACCCGCUAGUGCUCAUUGCAAAAUGGUACGAGAAGCUUUUUGGGCGUUUGUCUGACUGUAACCUGUGUGUCACUGAUGCCAUGAAGGAAGAUCUGUGGGUGAAUUGCAACAUCAAGGCCGUAACGCUGUAUGACAGGCCAGCUUCUUAUUUUAAGGAAACACCAUUAGAACUUCAGCACCAGUUGUACAUGAAACUUGCCAAAGACUAUGAAGCCUUUAAACCACAGCAUGUUGCAGAGUCUGUCAGUUGGAGUGCUGAGAGGUCUGCCUUUACAGAAAGGGAUGAGAAGAGUGGGGAUGUGAUGAAAAGCAGAGGACGGCCAGCUCUUCUCAUCAGCAGCACCAGCUGGACAGAGGAUGAAGACUUUUCAGUCCUUCUGAAGGCAUUGGAAGAUUAUGAGCAGUAUAUCAAUGAGGGAGUCAAGCUUCCAGCUUUAGUGUGUGUGAUAACAGGCAAAGGACCCCUAAAAGAGUACUACAAUGGGCUGAUAAAGAAACUGCACUUCAAACAUAUCCAGAUCUGUACACCAUGGCUGGAAGCUGAGGAUUACCCAGUUCUACUUGGGUCAGCAGACUUGGGUGUGUGUCUCCAUAAGUCAUCUAGUGGAUUGGAUUUGCCUAUGAAGGUGGUAGACAUGUUUGGCUGUUGCUUACCUGUGUGUGCAAUAUAUUUUGAAUGUUUACCUGAACUUGUGAAACACAAUGAAAACGGGCUGAUAUUCAGGGAUUCAGAUGAGCUUGCAGAACAGCUGAAGAUGCUUUUCUUGGAAUUUCCCUCACUGGAAGGCAAACUGCAUGAGUUCAGGAAAAACCUUCGUGCAUCCAAGCAGCUGAGCUGGGAUGAGAGCUGGGACCAGACUGUUCUUCCUUUACUUACCCAGACUGAAUGACUUUUUGGGGGGAUGCCGUGUCAAAAAAGCUACCACACGUAUGCACCUCCAGGACUGCCUUAAGUGCUGAAUAAACACUUGGUCUUGUU